CAAAACUUUUCUAAGUUAAUAAUUACCAUAAACACUCAAUUUUCAUAAAAUGUCGAAUAAUUCAGAUGAUAUGUCUACUUCAAAGAAAUCGUUUAAUACAUUUUAUAUUGAAGUUAAAGAAAUAGAAAAACGCGAUUCUGCACUAACUUCUACUCAACAAAUUGAUCAUCUACUAAGACCAGGUUCGACUUAUUUCAAUCUCAAUCCAUUCGAGGUACUGCAAGUGCAAGCAGAAGCUACAAUAGAUGUCAUAAAGAAGCGUUAUCAUACAAUGACUAAACUAGUUCAUCCAGAUAGAAAUCCAGAUAACAAAGAUCGCGCACGAAUGGCGUUCGAUAUUGUAAAUCGUUCUUGGAGAACAUUGGAAAAUGAAGUCACACGUAAGAAAUGUUUGGACAUCUACGAAGAAGCUAAAGAGCGUACCAAUCAUAUGAUUGCAAAGAAGCGUAAAAAACAGAAAAAGGAACAUAAACGUUUUGAGGAUAUUCCCGAGGAUGAUCCGGAGAACUACAAACAUGCUCUCCAUGUCAUGGUUAUGAAGCUUUUCGCAGAUGUGGAACGAAAACAACAACAACUUGAACAACGUGAUCAAGAGGAUCGGAAAAGAAAACGUGAAGCUGAAAUUGAAGAGGAGGAUAUACAAGAGUAUGAAACAGAAUGGCAAAAGAAUUAUGAAGAAUCUCGCCAAAGUCGCGUUGAUAGUUGGCAUGAUUUUCAAUCAAAACAUAUGGGUCGCAAAUUGUUACCACCAAAACAUAAACCAGAAACCAGAUAAAUUCGUUUAUAAUAUUAUAUAAUUAAACACACAACAUUUUAUAAUUUCAUUAGGAUAUACACUUAUUAAAAAACACCACUUUUGAAACUAUGACAGACAAAUAAGACAAAUUCAGAGACCGUCUUACAAAAAUU